AGCAGAAAGAAAGAGAGAGAACGGAUGGAGUGAGAUCUGAGUUGUGUCUUGGGAUUUGGAUAAAAGGGCAAACUAACACGAGAUUCUAUUCAUAAAAAGUAACAUUUUCAUAUUGUCAAUAGUCGAUCUCUCCUUAUUUAUUUUUUUCUUGUUCUUUUCUUUCCUUGCCUUUUUUUUUAUCCCUCCUUGAUGAGCUUAGAAGUCAUACCGUUUGAAAUAGCACAUUGUUCUUCGUUUGAGGAAGGGUAUGAACCUGAUCAUUUAGUAGAAUCAGGCAAUGAGGAACUAGAUCCGAAUGAGCAAUACACAGGGUGGCAAACUAAAAAGUACACAUGUCCUUUUUCUUACCUUUUUAUAUAUAAACGCUCAUGAUUAUGUGUAUUUGUAGAUAUCCUGAAUAUCCUCAAGAUCUUAUUGUUCAAUUAAAGAAUGGCCCGAGUAUCAUAUGCAAAGUGCAACUAUUAUCACACCAUUAUAAGAUUGCAUCGCAGAUAGAAUUGUAUGCUGGUAUAACAAAGCAGCAAGAGCAUGAUUCGAUGUUUAUUGAAUUUACUCGAUUGGGCUUUGUUACCUUGGAUAACAAUAACCGCUUCCAAGAUCGUGAGUUAAAAUCAAUUAAAAUUCAAGCGGACUGUGAAUAUCUUCGUAUUGUGAUCCGAGGAUGUCAUGACAAUAGAUUGAACGUUCAUAAACAAGCCUCGUUCUUGGCAUUAAAUAUAUUGGGACAUAAUUCAAUAAUCCCUCCUCCGCUUUCAAACCAUCGCACUUUGACUAAUAAUUUGAGUCAAGAGGAUCAUAAAUCAUCAUCAUUUAAACUACAGACAUGGAUAAAAGUCAUUCAGAACGCUGAAGAAGAGGCAGCGCAAGACGAGGACUAUAAGGAAGCCAAAAUAUACAAAGAACUGGGCGAUAGAUUACUCGGACUUAACAAGUUUUUAUGCAAUCUUGAGCAUGAAAAGCAAGUUGUUGUAGCAAAGAAGGAUUACGAAGAAGCAGAAAAAAUAAAGGAGGACAUAGCUCAAGUCAUGAAAACUGCAGAAACACUCUUGACACAGUGUGGCAUUCAAAUCACGAGUGAAGGAGAACUUUUACCAGCGGAACCAACUACAGUUCAUUUGGGAGAAGAGGAAGAAGAGAGAGAUGAUGCUCAGAUUCCAGCAGAUGAGAUUACUAAUUGGACAAGCUUUGACGCUUUAUCCAUUCAGGAUGGCAACAAGCAGGAAAUCACUAGCCCUUCUUUACUAUCUGCUCGUAUUCCUAUUCCAAUCACAAACACUGAAAGGCAAGCCACUGAAAAGACAUCACCUGCCAAACAACCAGAGGAUCCCGAGAAUACACCAGAGCCACUUACCAAGGAGGACAUGGAAACAUGCAAGCUACCGCUCGAUGUCUUUGGUAUGAACAUGAUUGCUUGUAUUCUGAGCGUCAAGGUCAAAUGCAGACAGAGAGGACUAGGUGAACUGUCAAAGAUCAUUGUUGAAACGGCCGAUCUUAUGAAGCAGGAUGACGCUCAUGUCGAUCCAGAUUUCAUUCAUGCUUCUUUGCUCAUGUUACAAGAGGCUGUGAUGGAUUCACGAGAAUUGAUAUUUAACCAGACGAUACAGAUCUGGUACGAUUUGCAAGAGCUCUGUAGUGCAGGUUUAUUAGACGACAUCAACGUUUUCAGGUGGAUCGAACGAUUCUUUACAGCAGUGCUCUCUCGUACAGCCGACAGCAACGUUCAAAUCAAGACCAAGGCAACGCAGGUCGUACUAGAGCUGAUCAAGGUAUACCACGAUGGUCAGAUGGACCUUAUUCCGCUCUGUAUAAAGGAACGCAUGGUGAGAAACCUCAAGGAGGCCAAAUCACGAGUUCAGCUCGUCAAGUCAAUUACAGAAGAGAUCCUCUUGCCCAUCUAUGACUCGUCCAAGGUGUUCCCUCAUCUAAAGGAUGUAGUCAAUUUUCUGGUAUCUUAUUACAAAAAUCAUCAUCAUGCUGAUGUACGUCAAUCCACUUGGGAAGUGCUUUUAUGCGUUGCACAAAGACUUGAUAUCAGCAUUUUGCGUCCGUACUUGGAUAGUGAUACCAUCAGAUCUCUUGAAAAGGAUGUGAAAAAGAAUGAAAGUAAAGCUACAGUCAAUGAAUUAAGGGCACUGGCAGUAAAAUCAAAUGGUGCCACUGCAAGAAAGCCUCAAAAGGCAUCGAGUGGAUUAGGCUCUAAAGCGGCCGUUAAAAAGCAAACCCAAACCAAAAAGAAGAAAGAACAGAAAAAAGAGGAAAAGAAACCAGAAGAAAACGACGCGUCGCUUUGUCUAUUUUGUGAAGAGCAUAACCCCAAGUUCAACGAAGAUACCCUCAUAACGCAUUAUUAUAACCACUGUCCUGUCUUGACGAAUUGCCCAAUGUGCAAAACUAUACUAGAGGUUUCAACCUUGAGAGAUCACUUACUUGUGGACUGCGAGCGUAGUCAUUUAGUCAAGCAGUGUAAUCAUUGCAAAUACCCUGUACCUGUUGAGCAAUGGCUGCAGCAUACAUUGAAAAACAACUGCACAGGUAAAGGAUAACAGGUUGAUGCAAGAGUACAAUUAAUAUCCAUGAUAUAUAGAAACCUCGGAUAAUCAAACAAGAUGUCCAUUUUGUCAGUCGGACAUGACGAGUUCAACCGAGGCUGAUUGGAGGAUGCAUCUGAUGGAUGAAUGUCCCAAGAAUCCAAGAAGAAGAAAGCAGAAAUAGAAAAAAGUGAUAAGAAAGCAUUUAUUAAUGUUUUAAACCAUUAGACCUGGCUUAUUUAAGCUUAAAUUUUCAUU